AUGAAAACAUCAACAGCUACCUUAUGCACUUUUGUUUCUCUCUUUAUUAUUCUCAUCUUCUUCCUCUCUCCAUCUCUAGCUUCCAUCAUUUCCUCCCAAAACACCACAUGCAACAUCACACCCUACCCAUCAUUCUGCGCAACCACUCUACCUUCUGAUUAUUUAUCCAUUCAAAACCAAACCCUUUUCUUCCUUCAACAAUCCUUAUCACUAACCAAAACCAUUCUUCAACUAACCUCAUUUUAUCUUAACCAAUCCACCAUUCCAUUUUCCACUUUACUUGUCCUUCAAGAUUGUCUUAAUCUUGCUGAACUAAACACUGAUCUCUUAUCCACUGUCAUAGAAACCAUUAUUAAUAGUAUUAAUAAUGGUAAUAUUAAUAUAUUUAGUAAUCAAGUUUAUGAUUUACAAACCUUGCUUAGUGCUGUUAUAACUAAUCAUCAAACAUGUUUAGAUGGUUUUCUAGAUGUAAAUCCUUAUCCCAAAAUUAGAACUACCUUAUCAAAUCCUCUCACUGAUGGGAUCAAACUUUAUAGCAUAUCUCUUGCUCUUUUCACUCAUGGUUGGAUUAGGAUUGAUGUUAGAAGUUCAUCAAUAGAGAAUACUAUUACAAUGAAUAACAGAAAGUUAUUACAAACAAGUGUUGACAAUGUAAUGGUGACACAAAAAGUGGUUGUUAACCCUGAUGGAUCUGGAGAUUUUGUCACCAUAAACGAUGCUGUGGAUGCUGCACCUAAUAAAACAGGCACCAACAAUGGGUACCAUGUGAUUUAUGUUGUUGCCGGGAUUUACAGUGAGUAUGUUUCUAUUGCUAAGAAUAAAGAGAAUCUAAUGAUCGUCGGAGAUGGAAUCGAUCGGACUGUCAUCACUGGAAAUCGUAGCGUGGUUGAUGGUUGGACCACUUUCCAAUCUGCAACUUUUGCUGUAGUUGGAAAAGGAUUUGUUGCGGUGAACAUGACAUUUCGCAACACGGCAGGAUCCAUCAAGCAUCAAGCAGUUGCAGUGAGAAACGGGGCAGACAUGUCAGUUUUCUACAAUUGUAGCUUCGAAGGUUACCAAGACACAUUAUACGCGCAUUCCCUUCGACAAUUCUACAAAAACUGCGACAUUUACGGAACAGUUGAUUUCAUAUUCGGAAACGCAGCAGCAGUAUUCCAAAACUGUAACAUGUAUCCAAGACUUCCAAUGCAAAAUCAAUUCAAUGCAAUUACAGCACAAGGAAGAACGGAUCCUAACCAAAACACGGGGUUUUCAAUAUGGAACUGUUACAUUGUAGCAGCUAGUGAAUUAGGUGGUGUGAAUAGUAAUUAUAAUGACAUAAAGACAUAUUUGGGUAGGCCUUGGAAGGAGUAUUCGAGGACAGUUUAUAUGCAAUGUUUUAUUGAUGGUUUGGUUGACCCUAAAGGUUGGAUUGAAUGGUUAGGGGAAUUUGCAUUGAGUACAUUGUAUUAUGGAGAGUUUGGUAAUUGGGGAGAAGGUUCAGAUACUAGUAAUAGGGUGACAUGGGAAGGGUACCAUUUGAUGGAUGGAAAAGAUGCUGAUGAAUUCACAGUUUACAUGUUUAUUCAUGGUGACAAGUGGUUGCCUAUGACUGGAGUGCCUUUCAGAGCUGGGUUUUAG